AUGAGUGAUUUAUAUGACAAUGAUAUUUUGAAGAAAUGUAAGGAAGACAUAAAUAACUUUGAUGAUAUUAGAAACAGUUUUUUAAAAUUAAAUUUGCAAAGAGACGAUAAUAAAAACAACACUAUUAAACAUAAUAAAAAAGAUGAAAUUGAUUUGUUUUAUUCUGAUAAAAAAUAUCAAAAUGGCUUUUUAACAGAAAAAAAUAAAUUUCAAGUAAAUUCAUUUUUGGAGGAUUUACCUUCAUCCCAUAACUCAACACUUUCGUGUAACAACAAUUUAAAAAAUAUAGUAAAUAAUAGAAAAGAAAAAUCUAAAAAAAUUGAAAGUGAUUUUAACUUUUUUUAUCUAAAUAAGGAUAAAUUAAAAAUAAAAAAUAAUUUUUUAAUGAAUGAAAAUUUAAAUGAUAAUAUAAAAUUAAACAGUCCACUGGAUGGAAUUAACAAAAUAAAUUUUAUACAAAAUCUAAGAAGAUAUAGACAUGAUAAUACUAAUGAAAAAAGUAAAGAUAAAAUAGAUAAAUUAGAACAUAAAAAGUAUUUUAACAACUAUAUUAAUAAAUUGAAGUUAGAAUAUUUAUAUAACUUUAAAUUCGGAAAUGAUCAGGUUCAAAAGGCUGACUUCAAAGAAGAUAAAAAAUAUAUUAGAAUUGUAAAAAAUUGCACAGAUUAUAAUAAUAUAAAUUCUUCUAAAAUUCAUCAAAUUGAGGAAUUAAAAAAAAGUAAAAAGUAUAAUUCAAUCUUUCAUAAGAACAACGAAAUUGAAAAGAGAAAUAAUAGUACUCCUGAGAAAAUUAAUAAUAUAAAUGCAAAUUAUUUAAAUAUAUCAAGCAUUAAGAAUAAUUUACAUAUGGAUCUUAAUUAUAUGAACAAUUUCGAAAAUAUUAAAAAAAUAAAUAUUAGUGAUUUAAAUAAUAAUUCUAAGAUUCUACAACAGAAAUAUAUUCAAAGUAAAAAUGAAUCAUUCUUAGAUAUCCCUUUAAAUAGUAAUAGUUAUAAUAGUAAUGUUUUAUUAUUAGAAAGAACAAACGAUUUAUUCUCUGAAAUAAAUAAAGAAAAAGAAUAUUUUAAUAUAUCAAAUUAUUUAAAUAAAUGGAUAAAUGAAGCAAAAAAUAAGGAAAAUAAUACUAAACUGCUAGAAAAACAAAAAGAAAAAAAAUGUUUUGUUAAUAAUAUAAAAAAAAAUUCAAAUGAUGUUUUUGUUAAAUCUCUGAAGGAUAGCAAAAAAGAAAAACAGUGUCUUGUAGGUACAGAGAAAAUUAUUGAUUAUGGAAAGAAAAGUUGUAUUAAAAAUGAAAAUCUAGAAAUUAAAAAUUAUUUUGGAGGUUCAUUUGAUUUUAAUAGCAAUAAAAAUAUUAUAAAUAACAAUUCUCUAAAAAAUGUGCCUUUUAAAAAAAAAGUGAACAAAAUAAAUACUAAAUUAAAAAUAUAUGAAAAUUUAUUAAACUUCGAAGAAGUAUUAAAAACUAAAAAUAACAUUGAAAAAAUUAUAAAAAAAGAGAAUGAUAAAUCAAAUAAAAAUAAAGAAAAUACAGAUAAUGAAAAAAAUAUGCUUUAUUUGAAUAAAAACAAUAAUUGCAUUAAAUACACACAACACAUCAUAAAAAAAAAAAAUAGUAGUGAACAACUUUUUCCCUUAAAUGAAAUUGACACAUUUAAUAAAAAUAAAGAAACAAAAAAGAAUAUAAAUCUUAUAAAUUUUUCCAUCAAUUUUAAAUUAAAAAAAAACAUAAACAAUAAAAACAGUAACGGCAAUUUAUCAAAAAAAAAUUAUAUAAACUCUAUUUUUAAAGAUAGUUAUGAAAAAAAAUCACAAUUAAAUGAACUUCAAAAUUCUAAAUAUAAUAAUUUUAAUAAAAUUUCAAUAAAUGAUAAAAAGGAAUUCUUAAGUUCCUUUUUAGAAAAUGAUAACAACGAUAAAAAAAAUAUGUAUAUUGAAAAUUUAUUUAGUUUAAAUGAUAAUAAUAAUUCAAACAGUGAAACAAUCAGCAAUUAUUCAUCUCAAUUUUGUCAUGAAGAAAACAAAUUUUUAUAUAAAAUUAAUAAAACUAUAGAUACCAAAAAAAGUACAUUACAAUUAAAAAAUGAUAUUUGUAAACCAGAAAAAAAUGAAAAUAAAAACAUAUAUGAAGAAAUAACAAAAAAUAAGAAGUAUAAAUAUAUUGAUGAUAAGAAAGAAGUCCCUCUAGAAAUGAAAUGUAUCAUAUCAGAAAAUGCUAUUCAUGAAACACAAUCAGAAAAAAAUGUCAUCAUUAGAGAAAAUAAACAAUAUGAUAUUAGUGUAAUUAAAAAUUUUAAUAAGGAAGAAUGUGGAAAUAAAGAAUAUACAAACAAGAAAAAUGAAGAAAAUUCAAACAUAAAACAGGUGUGUGAAGAUAAAGCAUAUAAGAAGAAAAAUGAAGAAAAUUCAAAAUCUGAUUAUGUAAAAGAAAAUAUUAAAGAAGAAAAUAAAUUAAAAAUAUUCAAUGAAAUGAAAAAGGAAAUGCAUGAAGAUAGUCAUAAAACAAAUACAACAGAUUAUUAUUUAUCAAAUUAUCGUUAUAAUUUACGCGAUAUAUGCUUAAACAGUGUGAAUCAGAAAUUUAAUUUUAAAAAUAACAUGGAAGAAGAUACCUCAAAAAUUAUUGAAUAUAAUGAAUUAAACAAAAUUCAAAACAGUAAAAUAGAUGAAAAUAUACACUCUGAAAUAUUUUAUCAUAAUAACAUUAAAAAAAGUAAAGAAAAAGAAUAUAAUACGAAAAUUAUUCAAAAUAAGAAAAUAAUUAAUAUUUUACAAGAUGACGAUAAAAAUAGAAAUGAUGUCAUUAAGAAUGAAGAGGAAGAAGUAGUUAAUGAAAAUAUAAAAAGUAUUUAUAACGUUAAAAUAAGAUGUAAAACCAAUAAUAAAACUAAUAUUGAAAUAGAAAAUAAGAUUAAUAAUGAAAAUGAAAAAAGUGAAAAUUAUGAUACUUAUUUUGAAACUUUAAAUAAAGAAAAUAGUGAAUUUGCUUAUGAAAAUUUAUGUAAUGAAAAUGAUAGUAAUAAAGUAGAAUGUUUUAAUGAUGAAACAAAUAGUGAAAAUAUAAAGAAUGAAAUAGAUAAUGAAAAUGAUAGUAAUAAAGUUGAAUGUUUUAAUGAGAUAAUAAAUAAUAAGAAUACUAAAAAUGAAAUAGAUAAUGAAAAUGAGAGUAAUAAAGUUCAACACCUUAAUGAUGAAGUAAAUUGUGAAAAUAAAAAGAAUAAAACAGAUAAUGAAAAUUAUAAUAAAGUUGAAUGUUUUAAUGAGGAAAUAAAUAAUAAGAAUACUAAAAAUGAAAUAGAUAAUGAAAAUGAGAGUAAUAAAGUUCAACACCUUAAUGAUGAAGUAAAUUGUGAAAAUAAAAAGAAUGAAAUAGAUAAUGAAAAUGAUAGUAAUAAAGUUGAAUGUUUUAAUGAAGAAAUAAAUAAUGAAAAUAUAAAGAAUGAAAUAGAUAAUGAAAAUGAUAGUAAUAAAGUUGAAUGUUUUAAUGAGGAAAUAAAUAAGAAUACUAAAAAUGAAAUAGAUAAUGAAAAUUAUAAUAAAGUUGAACACCUUAAUGAUGAAAUAAAUAAUAAGGAUACAGAAAAUGAAGUAGAUAAUGAAAAUGAGAGUAAUAAAGAUGAACACCUUAAUGAUGAAAUAAAUAAUAAGAAUACUAGAAAUGAAGAAGAUAAUGAAAUUUAUAAUAGUAUCGAAUGUUUUAAUGAUGAAAUAAAUAGUGAAAAUAUAAAGAAUAAAAGAGAUAAUGAAAAUUAUAAUAAAGUUGAAAACCUUAAUGAUGAAAUAAAUAAGAAGAAUACUAAAAAUGAAGAAGAUAAUGAAAAUUAUAAUAAAGUCGAAAACCUUAAUGAUGAAACAAAUUGUGAAAAUAUAAAGAAUGAAAUAGAUAAUGAAAAUGAUAGUAAUCAAGUUGAAUGCUUUAAUGAGAUAAUAAAUAAUAAGAAUACUAAAAAUGAAGAAGAUAAUGAAAAUUAUAAUAAAGUUGAAAACCUUAAUGAUGAAAUAAAUAAUAAGAAUACUAAAAAUGAAGAAGAUAAUGAAAAUUAUAAUAAAGUUGAAAACCUUAAUGAGGAAAUAAAUAAGAAUACUAAAAAUGAAAUAGAUAAUGAAAAUUAUAAUAAAGUUGAAAACCUUAAUGAUGAAAUAAAUAAUAAGAAUACUAAAAAUGAAGUAAAUAAUGAAAAUAGUAAUAAUGAAGUUGGAUUAAUUAAUAAUGAAAUAACAAGAGAAAAUGAUAACAAUAGAUUUACUAUUAAUAAUGAUGAUGAAAAAAUAAAAAGUAAUAAAAAUAUAAUUAAAAUCGAUAGUUAUAAAGGAAAUGAAAAUGAAAAUGAUUAUGAAAUUGAAAACAUAAAGAAUGAAUAUAAUAAUGAUGAAAGCAAAAAUGAAAAAGGAAAUAACAAAAAUAUAAAAAAUAAAAAUGAAAAUAACAAUAAUGAAAAUCUUUAUAGUGAAUUUUAUUAUGCAAAUGAAAAUAAUGGUUAUAAAAAUGACAAAAUUGAAUAUGAGGAUAUUAAUAAAAGUGAGUGUCAAACUCAAAAUGUAAAUGAUGAUAAUAACAAAAAUAUAUAUGAAAAAAAUGUAAAUACUAUGGAUAUUUAUAAUGAUAAAAAAGAAAUAAAUAUUGAUAACAACAAAAAUAUAAAUCAGAAUAAUAAUAUAUAUUUUGGAAGUAAAUAUAUUAAAAAAAAAAUGUAUUUUUUUGAUGAAAAUUUAGGAAAUGAUUAUUUAAAAAAAGAUAGAGAAAAUAAUGAAAAUUUAAUUCAAGAUAUUUUUCAAGAGAAUAUUUCUAAUAUUGAAAAUUUUAAUUACGAAAAUAUAACAAAUAAGAAAGAAAUUCCUAAAGAUGCGAAUUUAGAAACAGUAGAUAUAAUGUUAAAUGAAAAAGUUGAAUUAUAUCAAACGUCAGAAUAUUAUAUUGAAAAUAUUAAAAAAGAAACAGUAAAUAAAAAUGCACAAAAUGAAUUACUAUAUAGGCAUACUGAAUUUUUGGUAGAUAAUGUAACUAUAAAAAAUGAAAAAAGUCAAGAUAAUUUUAAUAAAAUUAUCCCAUAUGUAGAAAUAAGUAAAACUUCAUACAAUGAAAUAAUAAAGGAAUUUAAUAAUCUAUGUAUAAAAAUAAACAAAUAUAAUUUAUUUAAAUAUUUAAAUAUUAAAGAAGAAAGACUAAAUUAUAUUAAUUUAUUAUAUAAUUCAUUUAAUUAUUAUAACAAAACAUUAAAUGUAAAUAGUGAAAAAACAAAUAUUUAUGAUUAUCAAGAUAAAAAAAACAUACUAAAUAGUGAUGAAAAUAAAAAAUUUUUUGAAAUGAAAUUAUUUAAUAUUUUAAAUUCAAAUUUAAUAGAAGAUAAUGAUUUAAAUACAUGUAAUAAUAAUGAAAUUUCUGAUGAACUGAGUGUAUAUGAAAAUAAAAAAGAUUUUAAUAACAGUUCACAACAUCUUAAUGAAAAAUUAAAUGAUAUAAUAAAUGAAAAAGAUGAAAUCAGUAAAAGCAGUGAAUCUGUUAAUUUAAUAAAUGAAGUAAAAAGUAAUAUAAUUCAUAAUAAUAAUAUAAAUAUACAGAAUAUAAAAGAAAUGAAUAAUGAAACUGAGGGAGAAAUUUUAUAUUAUUCUGAUGAAAAUGACGAAGAUAAUAUAUGUUUUGAAGAUAUUAAAAGGAAUAUAUGGUUGCAAAACGAAGAGUUUCAUAAAAAUAAUGAAAGACAAAAUCUAGUUAAUUAUAUAAAAUUAGAAUCAGUAAAGUGUAUUAUAUUAUUUUGUUAUUUGUAUAAUAUUAAGUAUUUUCAAGGAAUGCAAGAUAUGGUUAUAAGUUUAUUUUAUUUAAAUUUAGAAACUUAUGAAAUAUUUUGUGUUUUUGAAAAAAUUCUACAUUAUUAUGCACCAUAUUUAUAUUUAGGGUAUAACUUAAAAAAUAAAUACUCAACAUUUUACAUAAAUAUAAAUGAUGUUAGUAACAAAUGUAAAAUUGAAGAUAUUAGUAUGAGCAUAUGUAAAUUUAAUGGAAAAUUAUUCAGACUUAUAUUUCAAUUUUUUUUUCCACAUAUUAGUAAUUACUUUGAUAUGACAAUCAACGAAAAUUGGCCAUCCUUUUUUUUUGUUAAUUUAAAUUUUAGUAAAUUCACAAAUGUUUACUGUUUAUUAUAUAUAUGGAUGAGAUUAAUAGAAAUAAAAGGAGAUAAAAAAGCAGCUACAUGUGAUUUUAUUCUUUAUUUAUUAUCCUUUUUUAGGUAUAAAUUAAAAAUUAUUAAACGUAAAUUAUAUGAAAAAAUAAAUAUACUUGAUAUAAAUAAAAACUCAAGUUUUAGAAAAGAUAUUAUAAAAAAAAGUGAACCAAAACUUAAAGAAAUCAUACAAAUAAAUGAUGAUGAAGAUGAAAAAGACAAGAAAGAAGAAAUACAAAAACAAAAGUAUGAUAAAAAAGAAGAAAAAGAAAAUGAAGAAAAUCAAAAGAAUAAUGAAAAAAUAAAAGAAAACAUUAAAAAAAAAAAAUUGUCUACAUAUUGUAAACAUAUGUUCUCUUUAAUUUUUGAAUAUAACUCAUCUUUUGAUGAACAUAUAAAUGAUGAUUUUAAAAUACAUGUGGAUAAUAUUAUAAAAAAUAUUAGCAAAAUAAAAGAAGUGAUUCCUAGUAGUGUUAUAGAUUUAAUUAUCAACUACAAUUCUAUAUAUCAACAAAAUGAACAAUUAUUAAAACAAGACGUAUAUAUGGAUGAAAAUUCUUCAAAUAAUAUAAUGAAACAAUUAGACAAUAACGUAUGUUUAAAUAUAAAAAUAUCUGAUUUAUUUUUUAUAUAUAAUAAUUAUAAGUAUUAUGAAUUUGUUUUCAUUAGGUUAUUAAAAGAAAAAAUUAUCUUAAGUAAACUUAAUUACAUUAAUAUUAGUAAUAUAGAAAUAGAAAAUUUUGCUGAAUUAAGAAAUGUAGAUGAAUUUUUAAAAUACAAAAUAAAAUUAAGAAAUGUAUUUAAGAACAAUAAAAAGAUAUUAUACGUCAUAUAUUUAAAUGAAAAAGAUAUUCACCACCUCAAUGAUAAAGAAGUUAGUACAGAAAUUAAUUAUGCAUAUAAAAAAAAUAAUGAAUUUUUUAAUAACGAUCAGAAUAUAAAUAAAAACAAAUUCAUUAAUAAAUUUUUUUCUAAAAAAGAUGUUAAAGAAAAUGGAAUCAAUAAAGAUAACUUAAAUAAUCCCAUAUUAGAUAAAAAAUACUUGAAUAAUUUUAUAAUAUUAUUAUUAAAAAAUAAUAUUAAAUAUUUAACUAUACUUAAUGAAAAUUCUAAUGUUAUCAAAAUAAUUAAUGAAAAAAAAUAUACUGAAGAAGAAGUAAACUAUAAUAAAUCACUAAAUGAAAGUAGUUUUUUUUUUCAAGUUAUUAAAAAAGUGAAAAACAAAAUAUAUGGAAAUAAUAUAAAAGAAGAUUCAAUAAAUAAUAACAUAUCUUUAGAAAAAAAUAUUUUACAAGAUAAUAAUUUAAUGUUUGUAUUAAAUGGUUCUAAUUUUAAAAUAUUUAAUAAGAAGAAGAUAAAAAAAAAAGAAAAUUAUAAAAAGAAAAAGACAAUUCUAGAUUAUAAAAAUAAUCUAAGGAAAAAAAAAAAUGAGAAACCACAAAAUAAAUUAAAUAACAAGUUAGAAAAAGUAUUAAAUUACAAAUUAGAAAAAAAAUUAAAUAGAGUCACUGAUUUUUAUUCAAAGAAAUACGAAGAAGGUGAUAAAAAUAAUCUUUUUAACUCAUAUAAAGAAAAUUUAAAUGAAAAAUAUAUUUACUUUAACAAAAAAGAGUAUAUAAAUGUUAUGAAUAAUUUGAAAUUAAAAAACUAUUUAAUAUUUAAAAAAAAUAAGAAGCAAAAAUUAAAUAGCAAUAUUAAACUUAAUAAUAUGAUGUAUUCACGUUUAAAAAGAAAAAAAAAAAAACUAGAACAAAGUAAAACAAUUAAAAAAAAAAAAGAAAAAGAAUAUAAAAUUAUGUUUAAUCUUUCAAAUAAUAGAGAGAUUAAUGUAACUCAACGUAAACUAUACAGAAACAUAAAUCACUUACAUAAUAAAGUAAACAACUACAAAAAAAAUAGCACUUUUAAUUUAUCUAAAGAAAAUUCUAACAAGGGAUUAAAUAUUAAUUUAAACAACAAUGUAGAUAUUGAUAAAUUUAUUAAUAGUAAGGAUAAAAGGAAUUUUACUAAUGAAAAUAAAUUAAAUUUUUUAGAGUUACAAGAAAGGUAUAUUACUGAUUUAUUAUCAGAAAAUUUGUCAAAAAAUAAAGAUAAACAAGAAUGUAAAAAAUUAUUUGUUCAUAAUAAAAGUAUAAUUAAUUAA